UUUUAGAGAAAGCCUAUACACACACACAUACACACACAUUACCUGGGAAAUAACAUGUGCAUGUGUACAUAUGUGUAUGUACUAGUGUAUAUAUAUGUACACUCAUGCUCACAUACAUUCAUACUUUGAAUAGGCAAAUAACUUUAGUCCCAAUUUUCUGUAUAUUAUUUAAAUCCCUGACUGAGGACGUGAGGUUUUGGCUCUGGGUGAUCCUUCUCCAUCUGCUGUGUAGUGGCUGCUGGCCUCGCGGGAACAGUGGCCAUGGACAGCUGGGUUGCUUUGCUCUCCUUCCAGCCGGAGAGGGAUGUGGUGGGUCCUCCAGGGUGAAAUUCCGGAUUUCCCUGGGUCUUCCGGUAGGAGCCGUGAUCAACUGUGCUGACAACACAGGAGCCAAAAAUCUGUAUAUUAUUUCUGUGAAGGGGAUCAUGGGACGACUGAACAGACUUCCUGCUGCCGGUGUGGGUGGCAUGGUGAUGGCCACAGUCAAAAAAGGCAAACCAGAGCUCAGAAAGGAGGUACAUCCAGUGGUGGUAAUUCGACAACGAAAGUCAUACCUGAGAAAAGAUGGCGUGUUUCUUUAUUUUGAAGAUAAUUCGGGGGUCAUAGUAAACAAUAAAGAGGAAAUGAAAAGUUCUGCCAUCACAGGACCAGUUGCAAAGAAGUGUGCAGAUUUGUGGCUCAGGAUUGCAUCCAUUGGUGGCAGCAUUGCAUGAUUCUCUGGUGUAUUUGUAAAGGAAAAA